UAAGCGCGCGCGUUCGCAGGACAACUUUGAAUUACGGAAACGACUGAAGUGAAGCAAAACUGUCAGUGAACUGUUUAUAUUCGGCAAACACGACGUGUCACCAUGCUUCAGGAUGUUAUGGACACGGGAGAGUCGAUGGUCAAAAUACUGAAAAGCAGCAAAGCUGACGAUGAAUUAAGAAAAGUGAGAGAAAAGCAGCAGUGUUUCUUUGAGCGACACUUGGACGUGAAGAAAACCAUCACACUGGUGUUAAACGGUGUAGUUCAGUGUGAAGAUGAGGUGAGCCAGAAGCUGCUGGACAUGGAGGGGCAGAAGAGCCAGGCAGAGCGGGAGCUGGACAGUCUGGAGCAGGAGCUGCAGCAGUGUACAGCAAGGAGCCAGAACAUGGACUCAGAACUACAGUUCCUGCAGAGGGAGUUGGAGAGUCUGCGUGACUCGGAGCAGGAGCUGCAGACCCUGCAGCAGGAGGUUGAUGAUGACACUACAGAAGUCAUCCCAUCAGCCAUAUACGUGGCCCAGUUGUACCACAAAGUGACCAGGAUCAAGUGGGAGUAUGACACGGAGCCACACAUUCUGAGAGGAGUGCACUAUGGAGCUGACCUGGCCACGCCAAUCAACAUAGACUCCUCUGUGUGGUCUCGGUGUUCAGUCAGUGAUGAGCUGUGGAACUUUGUCAGCACUGAAUGGUAGAAGAGAUCAAAGUGAAGUUGCCAUAUCUCUCCAGUAGUUGUUUGUCCUGUGGUUGGAUUGUCUGUUUAUGUGUUGUGUGUUGUAAUACAUUUGUUUUAUAAUAAGAUUGUAUUCCUUAUUGUUGGUAUUGACUUGCAUUACAUUUUGUUAUAUUGAAUAAAGCAGUUUUUCUAAGCAUUUCCUAGAAUACUUAUUUGGGUAGUAACCUAUAACCCUAGCUUUUAUUUGUAUCUACUUUCACCAUAGACAGUUUUUUUUAUAAAGACAAUCUUCUGCCAAUAGGUGUCAUUGCAAUCCCACUACUUUUUAAUAUGCUACUGAAAUUACUGUAUUGAAAAGUUGGGUGCUGAUCACCUUUUUAAUGCAAUAAAUGUCCAAUGUGAAGGUGUGUUUAGGCAACAGACAGUAUUCUGUACUGCAUUGCAGCAAUAAAAAUAAAAACAACUUUUUUUUGCAAGA